AUGAAGCAGUACACUCCCCUCGCCGCCAUCGCCAGUAUCAUCCCUCUGGUCCACGGCCAUGGAUUCGUCAGCAGCCCAACUGCCCGUAUGCCCGGUGACGCUAUGGCGUCGGCCUGUGGCCAACAAGUCAAGAUCAACCAAGAGUCCGACAACUACGGCAACAUCCAGGGCGAGCUGCAGGUUGCCAAUGGCCAGAGUGACUACAAGGCCGCCGCGUGUGAUAUCUGGCUGUGCAAGGGCUACAAGUUUGCCGACAACAAGGACAAUGUCUACUCUUACAAGGCUGGCGAGACUGUCGACUUCACCGUGGACAUUCGUGCCCCUCACACUGGUGUUGCCAACGUCUCUGUCGUUGACACUGCCUCCAACUCGGUCAUUGGUAGCCCUCUGAUCUCCUGGUCCGUCUAUGCCUCCACUGCCACCGGCGUCACCAAGGACGAGACCGACUUCAGCGUGACAAUCCCGGAGGACCUGGGUGACCAGUGUACCACUGCCGGUGACUGUGUCCUACAGUGGUACUGGUACGCCGAGUCGAUCGACCAGACCUACGAGUCUUGUGUCGACUUCACUGUUGGCGGUUCUGGUUCGAGCUCCAGCUCCAGCUCCAACUCCGGUUCCAGCUCUAGCUCUUCUGGAUCUAGCUCCAGUUCCAGCGCGGCUGCCGAAGUGACCUCUUCAUCCUCCUCUGCUGCCCCUGUGUCGUACGCCACUACCACUUUCGCCACUCAGGCCCGCGUGUCCGCCGAGCCCUCCGUGCAGGUACAGACGCAGACUCCCAGCUCUGUCGAGGCCACUGCUAGCUCUGCUGCCUCCAACGUGCCGCUCCCGACUGGUAAUGCCCAGGAGAUGGUGGACUGGAUCUCAGCCAUCUUCAAGUAUCUGGUUAGCAGCAACUAG